AUGGCGAAGAAUGUUCUGCGACUUCCCACCUACUCGGAAGAAGUGCCGGGCGCAGAUGCCAUGGUAAAAGCGCUGCGCGCCGGAAUGCCUAUAGACCGCUUAGAUUCGAGAUUCCAUGUGCACAGCCGCACCCUCAGUAUUGUGGGAAACAACGGAGGGCUGCAGUACUCUCCAUCAAAAAAGCGGGGCAAGCAGGUGAUUUUGUUUACUGACCUUCUCGAAAUCUCUAGGGAGGAGCCCUACGCGCAGACAUACCAGAAGGCGCGACUACUGCCGACAGAAAAAACAAUUGUUAACGUACGCAGCAGCAACGGUAAGCAUUGGCGGCUUGUCUUUCACACCACUGAAGAGUGCAAUGCGUGGUUUAACGCCAUCGGUUUUAUUCUGCAGAGUCGACUACCUACUACCCAAACGACCGGUGUUGACUCACGUAUUCGGUCCAUGUGGGACCGCGCGGAUGGCAACCUCGACGGAAAACUUUCGCUGAAGGAGGUGAAGCAACUACUCACACGACUCAGUUUUGGUUCUGUGGGAGAUAAAAAAUUACGACAUGUGUUUGAGCAAUGCGACACGUCUGGUGAUGGCAGCUUGGACCUGGAGGAGUUUCGGCGUCUCUACAUGCUUCUCAUUGAUAGACCGGAGCUCCGCAGCAUCUUUGAGGCCCACGCGAUUCACAAUUCAGAUGAGGGCAUGACCUUGAGUGAGUUUGAGGCAUUUUUAAAGAAGCAAGGCGAUCCACCGGGGUUUGGGCGUGAGCAGUUCAAGAGGUUCGGAAUAGCCCUGGAUAAGUAUCUUUCAUUUACUCUUUUUGUAGUAUUUCUCCUCGACUUUGUGCGAAACUCCGCGAUACACCCCUGCGCUACGACGGUGGUGGACGACAUGAACCACCCGCUGUGUCACUACUUCAUCAACAGCUCACACAAUACAUAUCUAACAGGGAACCAGUUGGGAUCAUCCAGCUCUGUGGCGAUGUACAGGGAGGCAUUGAUGGCUGGAUGCCGCUGCGUGGAGGUGGACUGCUGGGACGGCCCCAACAACGACCCAAUCGUAUACCACGGCUACACCUAUACAUCGAAAAUACGUUUUGAGGAUGUGAUUGAGUCCAUCAACGAGCACGCUUUUGUGGUUUCAGAGUACCCUGUUAUUCUUUCGCUUGAGGUUCACACAUCCCCAGAGCAAAGCAGGGUAAUGGCGGAAAUAUUACAACGGGUCAUGGGGGAAAAGCUGCUGAUGGCAGAGGACAUUGGGAAUGUGGUGUUCACACCCAAAGGAUUGCGCAAGCGUUUCUUGGUGAAGUGGGAAAUGCUUGACAAGGAGUUUGAGAACAGUGCAGAGGAGGCCGAGGAAGGGGAGGGGGAUGGUGUUGUGGCACCCUCGCAGCGCAUCCAUGCCACCUCCUGCCCUGAGCUCAGCCGCUGCGUCAGCGUCGGUAUUUGGCGAACACAAAACUGGGGCAAGGAUGCGGGGCCGCACAUGGUUCAAAGCUUCACCGAAGUUAAGGUGCGUGAACUUGCUAAGACAGGAAAGGAGAACCUUCAGCUGCAGAACACGCGGAUGCUCUCGCGGGUGUAUCCGAAGGGAACGCGGGUCGACUCUUCUAAUUACGAUCCCAUGACACCUUGGUUGCUCGGGUGCCACAUGGUUGCCCUCAAUUUCCAGACGUGGGACGAGCCCCAUCGCAUGAACGACGGUAUGUUUCUGCAGAAUGGGCGGGGCGGCUACGUUCUCAAACCGGCCUUCUUGGUUUACCCCGAACGGGGUUUGUCUUCCAAGCAUUACACGUUGCGUGUGACAGUUGUGUGUGGGGCGCAACUUCCACGGCCUGGGCUAAAGAAGAAAGGUGAUGCUGUGGAUCCAUAUGUCAAACUAAAGAUUGUGGGCGAAACUACAAAGAGCUCGGUGCAAACAAAAACAGUGUNCCAUAUGUCAAACUAA